UAUCUCUUAUCAUUGAUAAAACCACGUGAAUUUUACGUUGUGUCUUGAGUUUUAGAUUUUUGUUUUAAUAUUCUACACAGUUUACAAGUGUUCAAAUUAUUGACCAUGAAGACUAAAAAAAAGACAGGAAGAAGAUUAAAACGUGAUUGGCGUACGAAAAUUGAUGUAACCGAUGUUGACACUUUCUUAGAAGAAAAAAGGCUUAAGGAGCGUAUUGGAGAUCCAUUCAGCGACAAGAAAGAUGAAGAACUCUUUCAUAUUGAUACAAGUGGGAAGAAAAGAAAAGUUCAAAAACCUAAGAAAUCUUUGGAAGCUCCUCUUAAAUGCUUGUCAAGUUUACAAUCGUCAUCUGCUAUAGUUCCACUUUCCAAAAGAAGUGUAAAGAAAGUAAAUAAAAAUAAAAAAAAUGAAGACUUUGAUAAAAACAUUAAGCCAUUGAAAAAGACUAUAAUUAAGAAAAAGGAUGCAAAAGAAUUGAAUAAGAUUUUGAAAUCUAAAGUUAAAAUGUUGCAAUUAAAAGAAACUUCUACCAAAGAUGUCUUUAAUAAGGAUUUAUGGUCAAGCUAUAGAGAGCCAGGACAAAAAAAAGAAAAACUCAUAAAUAAUGUUAUUAAAUGGUUGCCACAUGAAGUAUUAAACCAUAAUGCUAAAAUUCUUCCAAAAUUAAGUAAUAAAAAAAUGUUUCAUCCAAACCAAAGGACAUGUGAGGCAGAUGAUAUGAAAUGUCCACAUCCUGGUUUAUCAUACAAUCCUACUAUCGAAGAUCAUGUAUCACUGUUGUCUAAUAUUGCUGAAAAAGAAAGUGCUUUGAUAAAACAUGAAGCUCACAUAAAUCGAGUUACACAAAGUUUAUUUAAACAAGUUUCCAAAGAUAAACACGAAAAAAUGAUCAUUGAAGAACUUACUGAAGGUCUACCUGGAUUCACUAAUGACUCCAAUAUAGAAGUAAAUGAAGAUACUUCUGAAUUUAAGGCCAUUAACCCACCAACUACAAGGGACAAUAAAAAAACUAUAAAAAAACGCAAGAUUCAGAGACGACUACGAAAUGAAGAAAGACAGCGAAUGAAUGCAAAAAUUGAGAAGAAAAAAAUAUCAGAUCUUUACAGAUUACGUUAUAUUAACAAAGAACUAGAUGAAUUAGAAAAUUCAACUAAUAAAAAAAAAGUUAAAAGAUUACAAAAAAGACAAAUGGGUAACAUUAGCACCAGACGUUUAGGGACCAAUAAAUUUACAGAAUCAAUGGAUACUUUCACUUUACCAAAAGAUUUAAAAGGAACAUUAAGAGAAACCGAACCUCAAGGAAAUAUAUUCAAAGACUGCUUUGAAAGUUUACAAAAGCGUAAUAUAUUGUCAGUUGGCAAAAAACAACUUAGGAUCAAUAAGAAAAAAGUACAGGCAUUCAUGGAUCCCAAAUUUAAAGUAACACCAUCUAUGUUAGCAGAGUAUAAUUUAUAAUUUAUUGAUAACGUUAAGAAAUAAAAUAUAUUUAUAUUUUACAUUUAUUUUAUUAAUAACGAUGAUAAUGCCUAUUAAUUGAAAGGCAUAUAGUACAGUUAGCAAAAUACAUAAUGUAAGACCGUACAAUUAAGAAAAAAACUAUAACUUUUUUUUUUUUAAAUUGUUUAUUAAGUUAUUAUUUACAAUCUGUUCUUGGGUACACAAUAAGUACAAAAUUAUUAUAUCAAACAUAAGUAGAUUUACAUAUGGUAUUAUGAAUUAAGUGUUAAUGUGUAGUUUUAAUUUUAUUACAUAAUUCAAGUAUGCAAUUAACCGGUGAGUUUUCACUUUAAUUCUUUGUGUGAGUAGAUAUAUAUAUAUAUGACAUAGAAUAAGAAGAGAAAAAUUUAAGAAAAAUUAUCUUGAAAUAUAGUUUAUGGCAUAGCCAGUCAGAA